CAGAAGCACAGUUGCGUGCGUUUGUUUGGGGAUGCUGGAUUCUUCCGGAACCGCCAGCGAUUAGUGGCCACUCCCUCAGCUUCAGGAACUGCUCUGAGUGCAGUUACAGACAGAACACCUUAACCGGUAACAGUCCCGUGAGGGCCCAAGCAGAAUUGAGGGAGAGCAGCAAGCGGAUCCUCAGAGGCACCAGCGUCCCUGUGACUAACAGCACUGCCAGGGCCCUGCUGUGGCUGUGUGAACCUUCGGUAUCAUGGAGCCUCCUGGAGAGAAGCCAGGAGAGGCUGAGGCACUGAGUAUCACACCCCAGCUGCUGAAGUCCCACUCUGGAGAGUUUGCCCUGGAUUCCAUCCUGUUGCUGAAACUUCGGGGUUUAGGGGUAAUGGACCUGGGUUGUUUGGGGGAGUGCCUGAACCUUGAGUGGCUUGACCUAUCAGGCAAUGCACUUACCCACCUGGGCCCACUGGCAUCCCUGCGCCAGCUGGCUGUGCUCAACGUCUCCAAUAAUCGGCUGACAGGGCUGGAGCCACUAGCAGCUUGUGAGAACCUGCAGAGCCUCAAUGCCGCUGGUAACCUGCUGACCACUCCUGCCCAGCUGCAGUGUCUGGCUGGGCUGCAGGGCCUGGAGCACCUGAGGCUCCGGGACCCUUUGGCUCGGCUCAGCAACCCGCUAUGUGCAAAUCCCUCCUACUGGGCUGGGGUCCGAGAGCUGCUGCCUGGCCUCAAAGUCAUAGAUGGGGAACGUGUGAGUGGGCGGGGCAGUGAGUUAUACCAGUUAUGCCGAGACCUGGACAGUUCCUUGCGCUCCAGCUCCAGCCCAGGCCCCAGAGCCAUCGAGGCCCAGCCAUGGGUAGAGCCCGGCUAUUGGGAGUCCUGGCCCAUCCGGAGCAGCUCCAUUCUGGAGGAGGCCUGCCGGCAGUUUCAGGACUCACUGCAGGAAUGUCUUGACCUGGAUCGUCAGGCCGGUGAGAGCUUGGCCCAGGCCCAGCAGGCUCUCAGCCCUGCAGAAACCAGCUCUUCCUUUGUCUUCUGAAUGCAACUCAUAGCCAAGGUCGUCUGAUCUUAGACAUUCCUUCCCUGCCCCAUGCCCUUGCCUCUCUAUUUAUUUAUUUCUGGUCACCGAACCUGCAAACUAGGUUGUUCAUUCAUCACUCUCUUGAGAGCUUCCUACAUCUCUCCAAGGACACUUCCUGCCCUCCUACGCCCGCAGGAGAACGCUUUCUAGGUCACCUCUAGAAGGUAGAAGAGAUCCCCUCACUAUCUGGCAAAUACACUGCAGCCAGGCUCUGGGGGCUCCGGGCAUGGUGAGCCUGCGCUCCCUCAGAUGCCCCACCUAAGGCUUUGCGGGUAAGGCUACUUGCCACCUGCUAACUCUUAUUAAAUAGUCCCGUGCUCAUAUGUAUCGCCUGUUGUCUCUUCUUCAGCAAAUACACAGGCUUCUGUACCUCUGCUGUGGUCCUGUGGGAGGCUACUACACUUACCCUACCUGCUUCUUUCUGGUACUAAGCAGGAAGUGUGGAGACAGACAGACAGACAGACACACACACACACACACACACACACACACACACACAGUCUUUGAGCUUUCCUUAUAUUACAGGUCGAGCUGGGGGAAGAACAACACAAGGUCGGAAAGGAACAGACUCAGCAGUUUUAUUAGCCUGGAGUUGGAAAGUCUUUGGGAGGCGACAUGCUUCUGCUGGGUACUGCCACAGCUGUACGGGGAGUAAGAUGAAGUCCUAGAGAAGAAGGGAAAGCCAGGUUGGGUGUGCAGGAGGUUGUUUUGGCCUGAUCCUAGCUUUUUUUCACGUCUCACAUGUCCCUUGUCUUCCUCCCUCAGCCCAAUUUCCAUGCGAGGGCUGGCUCUCCCCAUUAACCACUUACCUGUCCAGGGCUUAUUUGGGUCUCAGGGCCCUGGAGAAGGCAAACUGUCCAGGGAAGAAGUAGCUGCGGGGGUCCUCUCCAGACUGUGCUAUCUUAGUGCACUGCGACUCCUGAGGCUCCUGCUAGAACCAGUGUUUGUUGCAGCAGUGCCUAGGAAGUCCGGAGGUACCGCCACAACCCCCAGGGGAAUGUCCCAGCUGCCCCCUACCCAACUCUUCUUUCCAGGUUUCCUGUACUUCUUCCACACACCCAGAUUUGAUCUGUCCCUCCAGGCCUCUCCCCAACCUCUCUUCCUUCUUACCUGAGGCCCUUGCUUCAGUAUUGGGCAGUGGACCAUCCGGCCUAGAACUUUACCCUUGGGGUCCAGUUUGACGCAGGCCAGGCAUUUCCGCUUUCUCUGGGGAAGAGAACAGGAGUGUCAGGAUGGAGACUAGCCCUUCUGGCACUAGAGAGGAGGGCUGUAGUGAUUUGAAUAAGAAUGUCCCCCAUAGGCUCAGAUAUUUGAAUACUUGGUCUCCAAUUGGUGGUGCGGUGUGGGGAGGUUUGGAAGGUUUGACCUUGUUGGAGGAAGGACAUCACUGGGGCAGGCUUUAAGAUUUUAAAACCUUGGACCACUCCCAAUUCACUGUGCUUCCUGUUUACACGGAAGGCGGUGAGCUCUCAGCUUCCUGCUCUGGCAGCCAUGCCUGCUGGCAUCCCCAUCUCCCUGCCUCCCACCAUGAUGGACUUUUAUUCCUCUGGAGCCCUAAGCCAAAAUAAACCUUUCCUAUUAUUAA